CGAUCAUCUCGCGGGCGUCGCCGCGCGGGCCUUCGGACUAGCUGCGGACGUGCGCGGGCAGCUUCUCGACGCAGCCCCCAACAUCUAAAGAGAUCGCCAGUGCACUCGAGCGCUGCGCGCGAACGCAAGGGCGCGCGCGCGGCACAGGACCAGCUAGAAGCCAAUCCAGCCCCCAAGCAUGAAGCUCUACGUCGAGGACGAGGAGGGCGACGCCGUCUGGGUCAAGGCCACGCUACCGAGACCGCCGGAGCAGUACGAGCCCGGCCUGGUCGUCGACGCGGUCGUCCGCGGCCGGCCGAUGAGCGUGAAGCUCCCCGCGGAGGAAAUGUAUCAGCAGGAGGGUCUGGACAUGGAGAACUGCGACGACCUUUGUGAUCUCGGGCACGUCCACGAGGCGUCUAUUUUAGAUACGAUCCAGGAACGGGCCCAUUGUAGCAAGCCCUAUACCGCGGCCGGAGACGUGGUGGUCGCCGUGAAUCCGUUCAGGUGGCUGAAAUUGUACACGCCCGAGUUAAGAGCGCUACAUAGCGCACCACCCAACUCGUAUGAAGAACGUCGAGCUGCUCAUUGCUAUUCCGUGUCCGGUGCCGCGGCUAGAGGUGCCGCCAGGGGAGACGACCAGUCCAUCCUCGUGAGUGGUGAAAGUGGUAGUGGAAAGACCGAAACCGUGAAGAUCAUGCUCGUCCAUCUCGCCGACGUCGCGCGGCACGGCGGGGCCACGCAGCAGAUCAUUACGCAAGUUUUAAGGGCCGGGCCUCUCUUGGAGUCCUUCGGCAACGCCGCGACCCUCCGAAACGGCAAUUCGUCGCGCUUCGCCAAGUUCCUGCGGAUCGAGUUCGAUCGCCGUACAAUGGCCCUCGAGUCCUCGUGGUGCGAGACCGCUUUAUUGGAGAAGACGCGCGUGGUGGAACGAGCCAAGGGCGAGCGCGCCUUCCACGUCUUCUACGAGUUGUUACAACAAAGAAGACGACGCACACCGAAAUACCUGCCGGAGCACCCUUGUAGAUCUGCAGAUGCCUCAGCAACCAAAGCGCGCGGCUUCGACGACCGCCAGUCCUACCCAAAGAUGAUUGAGAGUCUAGAAACGGUGUGCCAGCUCGACGAGGCCGAACGGGAAGCUUUGUUGCACUGCGUCGACGCUGUUUUGAGCUUGGGCGAGGUCCAGUUCGACUCCGUCUACGCGCGCACGGAGGACCACGGCUGCAAGGUACGGAACGCGUUGGACUUGACGCAGGCCGCUAACGCCUUGGGUUGUGAUCAUUCAUUACUGGAAGAAGGUUUUCUUAGACGUACUGUUGGUACUUCUACUACUUCGUUAAGUGCGGAGCAAGCGGCGGACGCGAGAGAUGCCUUGGCCAAGGAGUUGUAUUCUAGACUGUUUGAUCGCGUUGUCGAGUUGUCCAACGCCACCACAAAAAGGCAGUGGGCGUUGCAACAGACCGAAUCAGUAGUCAUCGGGAUGCUCGAUUUGUUCGGCUUUGAAUUUUACGGUGCGGCCGGUUCGACAAAUGGCUUCGAACAACUCCUGAUCAACUUCGCCAACGAGCGGUUGCAACAGAGAUUUGUCGCCGACGUCCUGGCCAGAGCGCAACGGGAGUUACUAGCGGAAGGCGUGCCGUGGACUAGAGUUGAUUACCAGGACAAUGCCCAGGUCCUAAGGUUGAUCGAAGCGCGAGGCGGCCUCGUGGACAUCCUGAACGAGGAGUGCAUCCGCGGCGGGAGCGGUGCCGACGCGAAUUUCGUCGGGAAAUUGCUCAGGACGUAUACCGGAGAUAUCUUAAGUACACCGAAGAUCCGCAUCACGCAAGCAGGAGAAGCGUUACCUUUCAAGAUCAUGCACUACGCGGGCGAUGUCUUGUAUAGAUGUACUGAUACCGCUUCUUGGGUCGAGAGGAACCGGGACGUCCUACCGGCGAAGUUAGUCGAGGCCAUGACGACGCCGGCGGGCCCAGCCUCACCAGGAGGCUCGGCGAACGUGGCGUCGCCCGUCGCGGUCUUUGGCGCCGCCGAGGCGAGGCAAGCCGCACUCCAGCGGAAGCAGCGACGGCAGUCGGGCCAGCGAGCGUUGAGGCGAGGCUCGCAAGUCAACGCCGCGGAGACCGUAGCCUCGAAAUUUAGGGCUCAACUGAAAAACCUGAUGCACCAGAUCGCGGCCACGAAGUGCCGCUACGUCCGGUGCAUCCGCCCGAACGACGAAGCGGCGCCGAUGGGCCAAGCUGGGUCCUUUGAUCGCAUCGCCGUGGUGGAGCAGUUGCGGUGCUGCGGCGUGUUAGCUGCUCUACGAGUAGCUAGAGCUGGUUAUCCUGAUAGAAAGCCGUUGCGGGCCUUUGUCGAGAGAUUUGCGGUUUGUCUGCCCGGCGAUGGCCGGUCGUCCACACUGAAGCGGUGCCGCGAUGCGGCGAACGCGGCGGGCUUGGGUGAUUUCGACGCUUCUCUCGAUGGCCUGGCCGUCACGGACGACGUCGACGCGCCGACGGCCCAGGACCUGCGCGAGGGCGAGGACGAGGACCUGGUGCUGGAUCGGGCUGUGGUGGCUGCGGCCCUACCUUGGAGGAAAGCCUGCGAGGACAUCCUGAGGUGUCUGGAACGGGGUGGGAGGAAGGGCGCUUUGGCCAAGCAUCCUGCUCUGAAACCGGGACGGGUCUUCGUGGGCAAGACGAAGGUCUUCUUGCGGGAUGGUGCUCUGGAUGAUAUUGAGAGAGUACGAGCAGUGGUAUGUUUUGAUUUAGCGGCGCGGCUGCAGGCUCAUGGUAGAGGAUACCUCGGCAAGAAGUACUACCGGAAGGUGCUGCGUGCUUUGCUGAUCGUGGCGUGUGCCUUGCGCGUGAAACUGGCUCGUAGAAGGGCAGCUAAAAGGCGACGACUCGUCAAGGCCAUCUCCUGCUUUCAAGCGAGAUGGCGCGGCAUCGACAUCCGCAUGGUCGGCUAUCUACAGUUAGCGAAGGCCGCGGCGUUGACGAUCCAGACUAAAAUAGCCCGUCCUGAAGUGGCUAGACGUAGAUGCAUCUUGGUACGAGACUUAAGGGCGCGAGGAGAAAACCUCGACUCGAUCACCAAGCGCCUGAACCGCAUCGCCAUGGAGAAGGCCGGGAGCAUACCUAAAGCGUCAAAUCAGAGAGGUUCUGCCGUGGCGCGCGCCGCGUCCAUGGGUACGAGAAGUGGGAGCGGCGGCUCGAUCUCUGGGACGGAAAAAGCAGAACUUGAGGGCGAGGCAAAUGCUAUGAGGGAAUUGGCGGGCGAGGCGUCCAAGGCGCUGGAGGAGAUCCGGGCCGAGAACGCGGAGCUGCGCGAGAAGGCUCGACUACUGGCGCUGGACGUCGAGGCGGAAAAGGAAAAAGGGCGAAAGUGGCAGCAGCGCGAGCAGGUCCUGGCGGCGGUCGUGGAUGAGGCACGACGGGAGGCUACCAAAGCGACAGCAGCGAUGCACCGCCACAUGGCCGAUUCGGCGGCGCUCGCGGGCGCCUCCGAGGCGAACGACGCGUACGCUAGAUUUAGGAGGAAGUUACUUAGGCACAGUGAUUCAAUGACGCCGGCGAUGCGUAGUAAACUACUUGAACAAAAAAGACCGACGCAGAAGGUGACCAUUACCAGAGCUGAUUUAGCUAGAUUUGUCAAUGAUUGCCAGACGGUAGGGCUGGACGUCGUCAAGCACAACCGCAAGGGGAAAGCAGAGAGAAGGUUGUUGAAGCUGACGUCGGACGCCGCGGCCCUAUACUGGACGAUGCCGAACGGCAAGGCCGCUUCCAGUAAAGAGCGCUUCUACCUGCACAAGUGCCUUGAAUUGAGAGCCGGCCACGACGUGGAUCCCGAUGCCAGGAACAAGCUCAUCUGCGGGACGGAAACAUUACGAAAGUCGCUGCAGGCCAAGCACUGCAAGCUCGCCUUCAGUUUUAUCUUCGCGGACCGCACCGUGGACAUCUCGUUCGCGACGGUCGAGGACUGCAAGCGGUCGAUGCGCUACUUCAAGGCCCACGUGCAGGACCUGAAGAACAAGGCGGACCACGCGGUCAUGCUCAAGGACGAGCAGCACAUCGCGUCGACGCCGGUCGGCAAGAACGGCGCCUUUUAA